ACUUAACAAAGACAACAAAAGGUUAACUUUGUGCAAUGUGAAGUUGAAAUUGUAGCUUACAGGCUAUUUGUAUAAAUAAUUUUUGUUUCAUUAAAUGUUUGUUAAUGAGCUUGUAGCUUAGUAGUGAAGUCCAUAUGUGCAAUAAAGUACUCGUACGUGAAAUUGUAAUUACUAAUUAGUCAACAGUUGUUUUAUUUCCUUUAAAAAAAAAAAACCACUUGUUUUAUUUUUUCUUCCUAUAAAUGUAAAGCCUUGCAUUUGCACUCUUUACUCUGAAAAAGAAAUCCUCUCUUUCUCCUCAUUAUUUCUUCUUACCUUACCAUUCUCUGUCUAAUUUUGCUCUGAAAAAAAAACCCUCUUCCUCCUCAUUUCUUCGUCACCAUAACUUCUGUAAACAAAACCUCUAAAAAAAAAAAAACACCUCUCCUCUUCACCGUAACUCGAAAAAGUUCACUCUAAAAUAACCUUUAUUUUAUUUUGGUGACACAAAGGUUGAAAUGUCUGAAAAUCCACAAGGUAGUAGUGGUGAAUCGAGUGAUCAAUUAGCACAAUUCAGAUCUGAGUUACGUAAAGGUUUUGAAGAUGAUCAAGUAGUUGAAUUUUGGGGUGUUGAUAUUUUUGAUGAAAGUUCUAUCAAAUCUGAUUUUGUUUUGAAUAAAUUUCUAAUUUUUUCUGAUUCUAAUUGUCAAUUAGCUGUUCAAAAUUUUUUAAAGACCAUGGAAUGGAGGGUGGAGAAAAAUUUAACGGGGAAUAUGGUAGAGGGUUAUUCCGGUAUUGUUUUUAGUAUUUUUCAAAAAUCGAGUUGUUACAUCGACUUUGAUCAAUUACUUAAUGAAGCAAAAGCAACUCAACUUUCUAUUCAACAAAUUUGGUUUUCAUGUUUUGAAAGAACUGUCCGUAAAAUUUUAAUUUCUUCUCAGGAUUACCAGCCAAAUUUGGUAAUUGUAAUUGAUUUUUCAAAACAAAAGAAAAAAACUUUUAAGAAACAAUUGUUGGAUGCUAUAGACGAAACCAAACUAAAUUACCCAAACACUAUUUUAGAUGAGGUUUACAUUGGUGGAAGAGGUGAUUGGUUAAUCACUAACUGGAAUGGGAAGGGCAAAAGUUUUACAACUACAAAGAAUUCAUACAAGCAUUUGUUUAGGGUGCUACAUUACCCACAACUUGUUUACAAUGAACAAGUGAUUGGUGUCCAUCAAAGCAAUAGGGUGGAAGAUCAUCAUUUUAUUCCACAUUCGGGAAAUGUGGAUGUGCCUCAUGCCAAGAUAAAAACCGUCCAAAUUCAAUGUACAAUGAAGGUGUUUCGAGUACCGGAAGACGGUGUUAUUAAUUUAACCGUUGAGAAUUCUAGUUUCUCAACGAAGAGAUUAGUGUAUACUUGUAACUUCAUUCAAAUUUGAUGGAUAUUUUUUAAAUAUUUUGGUUGUAAUUGCUGCAACUUUGUAGUAAAACGAUUUUAUUUGCUUUUUUUUUUUU